AGGUCUUGGGGUCCCCAUCCGCAUUGGGCAGCCAAGCAUCGGGGGCGUGUCCUCCGCCGCCUCCACUGGCUCAGUGGGAAGAUGCAAACGGGCCCAGGACUCGUGUAUCGGUGCUUGUGUGAUAAACAUAUCACCGGCAAGCCCCCACCCGCAACCCCCAGGAAUCCGGCGCCAGGAGGGGAGCGCGGCGCUGCAGCCGCAGUGCCGCGGUCACGCGACGCGGAGACUCAAGCGCCUGCGGGAGGAGGGGGCUCCUUGCGGGAGCCGGGGCUCGAUCCCUCUCCUCCCCCUUCGCCUGCCUUCUCCUCCUGCCAGGACUCCGGUCAAAGUCGGGGCUUUGGCGCCUAGAAGACGCGGGACGCGGGCGGGGUGCUCCCCGAGAUCUCAGUCUUGGAGGGAGGGUGCUGCGGAGACCGCCAGGGCAGCCUCCCCCUUCUCCCCCGCUCGGGAGGGCACUUCCAUCAGUCCUGAAAAGCCGCUGCCUUAAACCUUGGAGUCUGGUGGGAAACUGAGGCCCUCGGGAAAGGAAGACCUGGCUGUGCAGGAGUCCGCAGGGAGAAAGCCCACCUGCCACUGGGUCCCUCCGCCUCCCAGCGCCCCGGGCUGGAGCCCUUGGGGUCGUGGGGCCGGACGGGGGCGGGGUUGACUGGAAACCGAGCGACGAGGGAGGCGGAGCAGCCUGCUGGGUUCAUUAUCCGGCCUCUGGGGGCCCAGCGGGAGGGAGGUGAAGGUCCGAGCCCUCUGGCCCCGGUUCCAGUCUGCACAAUGGCUGCUCUGUCCUCCCAGCGGCCUCGCCCCCGCCCCCACCCCCACGGUCCCUGCUCUGCCCUCCUCAUUCUUGUCCGUCACCUCCCCCCUCCAGGCUGCCUCCCUCCAGGCCCACACCGCCCUCCAGCCCCUCUCUAAAGAGCUUUAUUUCAUCUCCAGAAACACUCAUCAGCGUCCCUGGCCCAAGAGACAAGAUUGAGCAAAAGCAAGAUGCUUUGCCCCUUUGAUAACGGGGAACUGAAACCCUGAGAGGUGAAGGGUCUCGCCUAAGCCACGGAACCAGUUCCCGACAGAGCUGAGAAGCAAACACAGGUCCCAACCCCCAGGCUGAGAGGCCCAGCUGACCCCAGGCUUCUAGCUGAUCUCUGAGUAUCUGUCGGCCGGGUGGGUUGCUUGCCACAGAGCUGCCCCAGUAACCCAGCUGCUGGGUCUCCCUGGGAAAGAGGAAGCAACCCGAAGCCCUCUCCAGGCUUCAUCAUCCAGGUUCUGAUUAAGCAACUAGCUGCUGUGGCCAAGGGCCUCUGGAGUCAGGCUUGAUCUGUGCUGAUCGCCAACCGCAGGUAACACCUGUCUCCCAGGUGAAAGAGACUGCCUUUCCAUCUCCCCCAGCCACCCUCCUUCCUCCUUGAGGGCAGCCUUCCCAGGUGGACACACCUGAGAACCCCCUUUUUUUUCUUCUUCAGAGAAAGAAAGCAGGCAUUCACGGGGCCUGGCCCGGCUCUCUGGAAACUUGGAGCCAAGGCCGCCAGACGGCAAAUGACUUGCUUUUAUUAGGAGAGGCUUCCUGUCAUCUCACCUGUUCCUGAGGUUUUCAGCCCCCAAGUUGAACUGGAGGACCUCGAGGCCUCCCUUGACCUCAAGUCCUUUCUGCCUGGGAGGCUGCAAGGGCAGGGGAAGGGAGGUAUCCAGCCCUGCAAACUGUGUUGUUGUUGUUUUUUUAAUGUAUUUUUUUGUUUGGUUGGUUUUGGUGGUUGUUGUUUUAGCCGCGCCGCGCGGCUUGUGGGAUCUUAGCCCCCGGACCAGGGAUCGAACCCCUGUCCCCUGCUUUGGAAGCGUGGGGUCUUAACCACCGGCCCGCAGUUUGCAGGGAUGUCCUGCAAACUGUUUUUAAGACUUGUGUUCUGGGACAGCCCCAGAUGUGGUUUUCCAUUCUGAGAUCCUGGCGACCGUGCCAGGCACUGAGGAGCGUGCCACACAUGGAUAUCCAGGACAGCAGACCGGUCACACAAGAUCCUUGGCUACUCGCAGGGAAUGUUACGGGUUUCUGUCCCUGCGGCGGUUCAGCCACCCUGGGUGUGGUGGAGGGAGCCUAACUCGACCUCUUGCGUGGCCUACUUCUCCUCACGGGUGUCCUCGCCAGGGCUGGGAACCAAAGUCUCUUCUGGGCCUCUGGGCUCUGCCUGCCACACACCCCCACCCGCAGGCCUGCUGAGAGGGACACAUCCCUUUCAGGGGAAUUCGCGGGCACAGCCCUCCCCAUGGAAGCCUGCGAGCCUCACCCGCUUCAUUCAUUUCAGAUGCUUGCCCGGCAUCUGAAGGCAUUUGUAUUAGUUUCCUGGGAUCAUCGCAACAAGGUGCCACAAACUGGGUGGCUUAACAGAAAUUUACUGUGUCACUGUUCUCAAGAAAUCCAAGAUGAAGAUGUUGGUAGGGUCGGUUCCUUUGGAGGGCUGUGAGGGGGAGUCUGUCCCAGGCUGCUCUCCUCGCUCUGGUGGUUGGCUGGCAAACUCUGGUGUUCCUUGACCUGUACAUGCAUCACCCAGACUCUGCCCUCAUCGUCACACGGCCCUCUUCCCUUUUGAAAGGUCUGGCUGAGAUGUGUUCUUUUAGGGUCUGCCUUCUCUUCUGUCGGGCAUGUUCUUUUUCGAAAGCAAAUUACUCUGGGAGGGAAAACCAAUAAGUUAUCAGGACUCUAGUGUGAAUGGAGGUAUCCAUUUUAAACUAAAAAAAAUCUAACAAUACUAGGUGUCCCCAAAGAGGACAACAGUGCACGCUCGUGUGGGUGUCGCAGGAAAGGUGUCUGGGAGCUGGACCUGCCCGCCUCCGCUGUUGGGAGGAAUUGUUUAUAUCUGUGCUGGCUGCCGGGUGGCUUUGCCCAGGCUUGCACACUGCCCCGGCUACCUUGACUUUCAGAUCUUACCUCAUACCUUGGCUUAUGGCAUCUCUGGCAUCCUGAGCAGGUGCGUUUAUUCCCCAGGCCUCGGAAGAACAAAGCUGAGUUUUGUGUUAGUGCACCGGGUUCCUGUCGCUGCACCACUUUAUUAUCCUGCAGUACUGAAGGUCAGAAGUUUAAAACGGAUUGACGGGGCUGUGCUGUCUUCCUGCUCUAGCUUCUAGAGACCUGCAUUCCUCAGUUCAGGACGCCCUCCUUCACCUCCGAAGGCGGCAGCACAGCAUCUUCAGGUCUCUGUCUGACUUCUGCUUCUGCUGUCACAUCUCUGACUUUGACCUUUCUCCCUCCCUCUUACAGGGUCUCCUGUCUGUGAUGACAUUGGCCCCACCUGGCUAACCCAGGAUCAUCUCCCCAUUCAAGAGCCGUAACUUAAUAGCGUCUGCAAAAUCCCUUUUGCCAUAUAAGGAUCCUAUCAUUUUAAGCUGAGGUUCCAGUUGCCAUGUGACAAGUAUCUGUGACCACUCGGUUCUCAGACUGAGAACUUUGAGCACUUAAGAAGGGAAGACAGUCCAACUACAAAAUAUGUUUAGCGUGGAAUCGGAUCUGCCGCCUUCAUCUCUUGGCAGGGCCCCGAGUCCCCGUGGCCUAUUUCCUCCUUCCAUGUCUUUCCCUAUGAGCCUACCUUGCCAGUGUGCUGCUGUAAAUCUGGAGAUACGGGCGAGGAGACAUCUCCUGUUUGGCAGACUCUAGAAGGAAAUGUCCAGCAGGUUUGGAGCCUCAAGGAUCAGCCUGUUUUAUAGAGAAACAUUAAAACAACAACAACAAAAAAAAACUGGAACUGAGCAAGAGAAGUCUCACUUCAAACUGCAAAAAACACAUUCUUUGCAAAAUGAGCAGAAGUGUCUUUCUACUCAGUCCAGACCCUGUAUUGGUCAGAAUUCUCCAGAAAAGAAACAGAACCAACAUGAUAUCUAUCUAUUUAGAAAGCAAAUGUUGAAGAGCUAAAAGGAAAAAUAAAAAACACCACAAUCAGAGAACAAGCAGAUGAAAAAUAAUUAAGGCGUCUUGGUGCUGAAUUGGGGAAGUCUGUGGUUUAUCAAGAGACCAAUGGAGAAACAAGAGUUGAAAUAAAAGAAUCUGUUCGUGGCCAAGAUAUUUUCAUUAUACAGACAAUACCCAGAGACGUGAAUACAGCCGUGAUGGAGUUACUGAUCAUGGCUUAUGCACUGAAGACCGCGUGUGCCAGGAAUAUUAUCGGCGUCAUCCCCUACUUCCCCUACAGCAAGCAGAGCAAGAUGCGGAAGAGGGGCUCCAUCGUAUGCAAGCUCCUGGCGUCCAUGCUGGCGAAAGCCGGUUUAACUCACAUUAUCACUAUGGAUCUUCAUCAAAAGGAAAUACAAGGCUUUUUCAGCUUUCCUGUGGACAACCUUAGAGCCUCACCUUUCCUGCUUCAGUAUAUCCAGGAAGAAAUUCCAAAUUAUAGGAAUGCAGUCAUCGUAGCUAAGUCUCCUGAUGCUGCAAAAAGGGCCCAGUCGUACGCAGAGAGGCUGCGUCUGGGUUUAGCUGUGAUCCACGGGGAGGCUCAGUGUGCAGAGCUGGACAUGGAUGACGGCCGUCAUUCUCCCCCGAUGGUUAAGAACGCGACUGUCCACCCUGGGCUGGAAUUGCCAUUGAUGAUGGCCAAGGAGAAGCCACCGAUCACGGUAGUCGGAGAUGUUGGAGGACGCAUUGCGAUCAUUGUGGAUGACAUCAUUGAUGAUGUGGAAAGUUUUGUUGCUGCUGCGGAGAUCCUGAAAGAGAGAGGUGCUUAUAAGAUCUACGUCAUGGCCACUCACGGCAUCCUGUCUGCGGAGGCCCCCCGUCUGAUUGAGGAGUCCUCCAUCGACGAGGUGGUGGUGACGAAUACUGUCCCUCACGAGGUCCAGAAGCUGCAGUGUCCCAAGAUUAAGACUGUGGACAUCAGUCUGAUUCUUUCUGAAGCGAUUCGGAGAAUCCACAACGGGGAGUCCAUGGCGUACCUUUUCCGAAACAUCACAGUGGACGACUAGCUUUCCUGGUUGCCUUGGCCCUGGAACUCCCAAGGAAAACGUGUGAAAAGCAGUGCCGUCAGUUAUGUACACAGCAUUUCCUUUCAAGGGAGGCAGGUGGUCUCUCUUGCCAAAUUUGGUGGGUAGGAGGCAUUAAGAUGGUCAAGGGGAAGACAGAGAUCACAGGUCCAUGGCCUCAACUGUCUGUCGUCGGCAUCCUGUUCCUUAAAAAAAAGUUAGACACCUUCCUGAAGAGAAUCUGAAAAUCUUGUUGAUAUUGAAAGGGAGUGAAAGGGAGAUAAAAUCCUAACUCUCUAACGUUCAUUCAGUUUGUUUCCAGCGCAGGGAAACGUCCGUGUUAAUGUUGAACUUGGUUAGGGCAGCUGAGCACCCGGCACUGUUCCUAUUCCAGUUGUCCUCUCGCCAGUCAACUUCAUGCACAUCUUUUACAGAGAAUCGUAUUUUUCUUUGAGAAACUUCUUGCCAGCCGCCAGUGAACAAUGAAGCAUCUGUGGUGUUACUCCUAGCGAGGACAUCAGAUUAAAGAAUCACAUCCUAACUCUGGAUCUCCGAGUUGCUCUUAAAUUGCAAAUAAAAGAAUUUUCUGUC